GACUUAUUUAAAAAAAAAAAUAUCACUAAAUUUAACCUAAAAUUUCAUUACGUGAUUUAAUUCUGAGAAUAAAGGACCAUCAUGAAUUGAUCAAAUUACAUCAAUAAUGGGGAUAGUGAUUGAAAAACAAAACAUCAUUUUAGCGCUUAUGAAUUGGAUAAAUUCUAUUAAAUUUGAAAAUAUAAGACGAGUAUAAAGCUCAAUAAGUAGAAAGAUUUUAUUCAAAAAUUUUAAUAAACAAAAUUCUUUCUUAAAUUUAGAGAUUAGUGAAUCCUAAAACUUACUAAUACUUUGCUACUUGGUUGUAAUGAGUAGAUCUAGAUUAUGAGAGGAGAGAAUAUAAAACUUAAUAUUACUAAUUAGCAAGCCUUAGUAAAUGAAAUUUAAUUUAUUGAUAUUAUUAAACCUUUAGGGAAUUGGCUUAAUUUUAAGAGAACUAUACUUCAAUAGGAUAUGAAUCGAAAAUGAUUUCAGUUUUAAAUGAAAAAGUAAUUGCUGUGUGUUUAAACUCUUUAGGAAUAAGUUUAAUA